CGAACAACGGACGCGUCGCCCGCGGAACUCGUAGAACGCCCGGAAGUGUACCCGCCGUCCGUCAAUCGGCGAAAAACGCAGUAUGUUACGCGCAUAGAUGAUCCCGUUUUGCGCAUGUUUCUCUCGGCUGUCGUGGCGAUAAUAACGUAUCGCACGCUUGGGCUUUUCGUCGUUGUUCCCGUGUGAAACGCGUCUCGUGGGUUCCCGGACAACGCUCGAAACGACCGUAACCCAUCGAUACCAUUUACGCGACACGUGAUAUUGUUGUUCAUUAUGGCGGGAAAAAAAUCGAAUUCGUUUCGGAUUCUCUGUUUGAAGACAAUAAAAACGGCAAGUGAUAAAAUUCACAAUUCAUUAAAUUGCAAUUUUGGCCGAUCUCCGGCUAUUUUUUUUCAAUACCCUAAUGUCUAGCGUAAACAUUGCGUUUUACUGUCCGACAUCUUUAUAGUUUCCACUACGUAUAAAUGUUGUUAAUUUAAAUUGCUCUCGUGAUGCAUAAAUAAAAUAAAAUACAUAUAUAUGUAACGCAUAACUGUAUAUAUUGUAUAAACUAAUACAUUUCAAAAUGCUAUUUAAGUUUUAGUAAUUUUAAUCGCCGAAUGUAUAUAUAAUUGAACUAUACAAACCAGAGUUUGUAAAUAUUAUUUCAUUUAUAGUUCUUAAACAUAUUUAAAGGCGUCCCGGUAAAAAUAUCGACCUCUAUAAAUAAGAACCACCCUACACAAGUCCUAUAUUGAUCUACUCUAUUUUUCAAACUCGAGACAGACCAACCGAUUAAUUAUACAUUUUCAAUGCCCCCCCCCUCCCAUUGAAAAAUCCUGCUCACACCACUAGCAUGAACAGUUUGAAAAUAUUGAAUUGAAAAAAAAAAUAGUAGUCUAAUACAAACGUAGAACAUAAUAUUAUUUGUGAACAAAAUACAAAUUACAAUAAUAUGAAUGUUUUUAUCAAUAGAAUAAUUAUAAAAAGAUAUAAAGUUGGUACCUAUAUAAUAAUUUUCAACAAAUAAAAUUCACAGUUUCUCAUCAAUUAUAGAACUUUAGAUGACAAAUGUAUAUAAAUGUAAUGAAAAGAGUAAUCAAAUAAAAAAAAUAUGAACACAUUAUGUUCAUGAUUUGAAUUUGAAUAUUUAAAAAUAAUAAUUUUGAAGACGAAGAUUGAAUGACACUGCUUUCUUUUUACGUUUUGUUGUAAUAGAUUUGCUUUCGAUGAAUUUCUGAACAUUUACAACAAAUAAUAAUGUGUACGUUGCAUUAUGAUAACGUCAUUCGUGCGGUAGGCAAUAAGUGUAGUUUCACAGACGCAAAAUGGUAAAUAUUUAUUUGUUUAUUGAUAAACUGUUUGGUGCCAUCGCCUAUUGUUGGGUACCUAUAUCUAUAAUACAGUUUUAAAUUCUUUAUGGAGCAUAGUGCAAAUUCACAAGAACAGCCUCCCGAGUUGCAUAUUUUGCUGUAGCUAGUAUAGAACCCACUACCAGCAGGGGAUUUUCGCGAGAAUAAUUUUCGCGGUUUUAUUUUACUAUAUUAUUUACUUAUUACCACCAUACGUUCUAAGAACGUACUAAGAAUAUAACGUAUAUUAUGGAUACGUUUAACAUCGAACGUUUAUAAUAUUCAUUCUUAAUGAACAUAUAAUUAUGAUGACAGAUUAUUAUAAUAUAUAGAAACAUGUAUGUAGACCAUUUGAUAGCAUGGUCACUCAUUGCCCAAACUGCAAUGCCAAAUAAUUUUACUGGGUUGCUAAUUUUGUAAUUGAUUAUUAAAUUAUUCCAUAUUCUAAGCUUGUUUCAAAAUAUUUUUUUUAAUGUUUGAUUGAGAUGAUUAUUCGAUGUUGGAUUUUGGAUUAACAAAAUUGUUAUUAUUUUGUCUAUAAAAUAUGUUAGAAAAUUGACGUAUAAAAUAAAUAAAUAAACAUAUAAAAGGUCUGACCAAUAAGUAAUGAGACUGUUUUUUUUGCCACGCUUGUGGUAACACUGCGAAUCUGAAACUUCGUUCGGUUGAUCUCUCAUCCCUCCUCUAUCGAUACAUGUGCUCGCGAUUUUCGUACAAUAAUUAGUUUUCCAGUUGUGUUAUGUUUUCGACAACGUGUUUGUAAGGCGUGUCACAAAUAUGGAACAACGUAAUAUAAAUUUUGCGUUAAACUCGGCGAUUCCGUUAUGGAAACGUACGAUAAAUUGGUGAAAGUGUUCGGUGAUGAAGCCCCGAGUCGUGCUCAGGUGUUUGGAUGGCAUACAAUUUUUAAAAAUGGUCGUGAAAGCGUCGGGGAUGAACCGCGAAGUGGGAGACCUGUUGAAGCUCGAACUGAACAAUGUUCAGCGUGUACGCACUCUCGUGCAUCAAGAUCGGCGUUUAACCGUUCGAAUGUUGGCUGAUGAACUUAAUUUGAAACGAGAAACCGUCAGAAAAAUUUUAACUGAUGAUUUGUCCAUGAAAAAGCUGUGUGCAAAGNCGUGCCUUCAGUGUGUCGCGAUUUUUGACCUCUAAGAACAUCGCAGUGUUGCCACAAGCGCCCUAUUCGCCGGAUAUGUCACCCUGCGACUUCUUUUUGUUCCCUCAAACAAAAUUGGCCGUGAAAGGAACGCAUUUUGAGUCCAUAACUGACAUCCAGAACGCCGUGACGAGGGUACUUCAGGACAUUCCAGUCGAAGCCUUCCAGAAAUGUUAUGAGAGCUGGAAAAAACGUUGGAACAAGUGUAUAGAGGUGGGAGGGGAGUACUUUGAAGGGGAUCACAUCGAUGUAUCUUAAUAUUUAAAUAUACGUAUUUUAUUGAAUUAAGUCUCAUUACUUAUUGGUUAGACCUCGUAUAUAUAUAUAAAAUAAAUGUAUAGGCAUUGUUUUAAAUAGUAUGUUUACUUAUUAUUUUUUUUUUUUUAUAUGCAAUGUAUGUUUUAAUAUUUUUUAUUGUUCAAUAUAUAACCAAAAACAAUACUAUACAUAAUAUGGAGUAUUUUUUUUUUUUGGACAUGUGCUUUUUGAAGGAUCAUUUUAUAAUUACCUAUUAUAGUAGGUAGGUCUAUUUAAAACAUUAAUUAAUGUCCACGUGUAGAUGUUAUAAAAUAGUCGAAUUUGGUCUACUACAUGAUAUAUGAUAGAAUAUGAUAGAAUUGGAUUUUCAAAUAGACUAAAAAAGUGGCGCAUACAGGCUAACCUUAGACUUGUCACGGACAUCUAUAUUUGCAUCAGAUGUACGUCUUACGUCUAUGAUGGAUUGGUAUAUUAGACGUCGAAUAUACAUUGCAGUGUUUACUGGGAUGGUGAUAGAGCGAUUGGUAUUAUCGGAGUUUCGUAAAUACUACGGGUUUUUGACACGAAUAUGAUCGUUUGUGAUAAGUACCUAUGUUCAGGUGCGUGUACGAAGGCAGUAGUGGACAGGGGUUCAAAUCGUCCCCCCCCCCCGAAAUUCCAUAAAAAUUGAUUUUUAAUAGCGUCUCAAAAGUGAGUUCUGUCAAUGAGGAGGGUAUAAAUACAAUUUUAGUUUUAAUUUAUUACCAGAUAGUAGGUAGGUACCUAUGUAUAUUAUUAUUAUUGUCAUUUCUAAUUUUUUUGUGGUUUUCCUGCUUCUAGAAAAUUAUUACUGAUACGGUAUUAUUGCAUAGUCGUUUGCAUUAUCCGCAUCACAAUAUUAUGAAUUACGCGUUAUCAUUUAGGCUGUAUUCGAUAAAAAAAUAUUAAAUGUAAAUCUAAUAUCAGCUGAUAAAGUUGUAUUAAUUUAGGCACGCUAAUCAUUGAAAUAAAAUCACUCUGUUACGGACUUGCACCGGCGAUUUUCCUGUAGUGAAACAGUCAGCGAGUGGCGAUUUUAUUCGCCGGCUAGCAGCGUUGUCGGGAUCAUUUCGGUUACGAUCACAUCUUGCCAAUUUUGGCCACAGUUCUUCUACGGCAUGGUAGUGGACAUACUGGCAUACUGUGUCGCAAGGACCGGGACCGGACUAUCCGGGAGGCUGAGGCGAGGUUCAACCAGCCACCAGAAGAUUGAUUACAUCACAACGGCUCAGUCAUCUCGACACUUUCCGCCACGACGGUCCACCCUAAUGGGGACUUCGCCGUAGGCUCGUUAGGCUUGAGUUAGCAUUUGUAGGGGGAUGAUGCGAGUUAAUUCGCACAAUCCACACACCGAUAUAAAUUAGUUUUCUCAAGUUCAAUGCGAGCGUGCCCCGCGUAGGGGAAAACAGGACUUUGACAUGUUACGUAACUAUAGUUAUUAACAAACGAUAGCAGCAGUGGGGAAGUAUUGUGAAAACAGAUGCCAUACUGUUUUCGGUGUAAAAUAGAUGGGAGGGAAGCGGUCCUUUUGGUAUGUAGCAGCGUGUAAAUUCGCCCCAUAGGAAAUCGACACCGCAAAAAUGCAAAUUAUCUAUUGUAACAAUUAAAAAGGACAAAGAAAUUAUCCGUUUAAAAUAUUGAACGAUUUGUCCACACUGCUAUGGCGGUUUUUGGCCUUUUCGCGCACAGGCGACACAAAACCGCCAAGAAGAUGAACGUCACGAUUGCCGUGCUCUCGGCAAGCAUCGGCAUGUCCGAUGCCAUUUUAAGUAAGUAUAUUGUCGUUGGAUUAGUGUAAUAGUAAUAUAUCGUGUGACUCGUUGUGAACUACAGCGUAAAAAAAAAAAAAAAAUUCGAAAGCGUAUACGAACGCUGUCAAUGAGCGGUGAAUUCUCGUGAACAAAUUUCUUACAUCGUAAAAAUGCGCCGCGAGAACGUUAACUCGGUUGCUGGACCCUCGUUGAUUUUUGCGGUGACCGUAUUCAUGAAACAACAGUUAUUUGUGCAUUUAACUGACCAACGGUGUUUCCGAUAGAAUUAUUGCGGGCCGGCAAUAAUUUCCGUGUUAUUUUAGUGCGGACUGUCGCCACCGCGGCGACCGGUAAUGAUUUAUGAUCAUUUGACGAACGUCCAAUAUUCCCCGGGCCGUAACUCAAAACCCGGGCACUUUUUAUGUUUGGUCUUAGGUACCUAUCAGUUUUUAUUCUUACGGUAUUUUAAUUUAAUUUCUAUUUUAUACUAUAAUAUAUGCUCGUAUGUUUAUAAACAAAUGGUGCUGAUGCUGGGGACGGGUGCGGUGACGGUUCUGCAGUAUGUGGGGGUAGUUGAGAACUGAGGAGGAUAGGAUACACGAAGUUAUUUAAUUUAUACCUGUAACCGACGAUAAACCGUUAAUAACGAAAAACGAUUUGGAGCGAAGUUCGGUUAUACAUGUUUCAAAAGACCGCGGCCGUAAUAUUCGUCAACAUUUGAUUUUAAAACUCUUGUAUAAAAAAAGAAAUAAUGUACAUAACACUCAAAUUUUUUUUUCGACCACUAAGUGAGACUCAUAAUGUACCCCCUGUUAAAUUUUCAAACAUUUCUGUUUAGUCUAAUAAUUUUAUCCACAGAGCAGGUACUUACCAAAGAAAAAUUACGUAAAAAAAACCAAAAAAAUUAAAAUAUUUUUUAUAGAAAACAUAAGCCGUACAAAUUUAAAAUAAUGAAAUCAUUGCGCCUUAAUAAUUUCAAAAAAAAAAAAAAAAAAUGUAUUUUUCGUCUAUUUUGUUUUUCCCGGUUAUUAUCAAAAAUACUUUAAAUAUUAAAAAACGACUUCCUAUGUCAGUGGCUGUAUAAUAGAAAAGAACAAAAUCGAUUUCUCGUCGUUUUUCGAUUGGAGCAAUAUUUCUGGUAGAAAACGUCGUGUAAACAAAUUAAAUACCACGAAGACGGUAACGUCGUGGCGCGCCGUAAUUAUCUGUCGUUUUACCUAUAGUUAUCUUUCGGGCUUUUCACAACUAUUUCGGAAACCCCUUCCAAAAUCAAAAAAUCAUCUGUUUAAUGCGUACGAUAAAAUUAUCUUUCAGAAAGGUGUUACACUUAAUAUAUAGAAAAAAAAAAAAAAAACCAUACAUCGUAAUAAACGCAAUAGAUCCCUGGCUACGUUCCGAAUCUAAAAAUGUUUACCCAUUCGCAACGAAACUAAACGAAACAUAUUUUUGGGCCUAAGAUUUCAAAUCCGAACUAUCGGAUGGUAUGUCUUUCACCGGUAUACCUGUAAUAUAAAACGCCAAAUUGGUGUAGAAAUGUAAAUACCCUGCAACUAUAGAUCGGAUGCUCCGUGAAUCCUGAAUACACAUGUCUUUUAUAUUAUACGCAUACGCUCAAUAAUGGAUAUUGUCUCGGCUGUGUCGUGCCUUAAAUCGAAUUCCAGGACCCGCAGCGUAUUAUGUUUUUAAUUUAUGAUGGUUUUCUUUGCGAUCUAAUAGCCACGGGGGCUAUUGUAGUAACUGCAAACAAUAGCAACAAUCAACCGGCUCCAACACGGUCGCGCCGAUUCAUUGCCGCCGCUCGUGCCCCGGUGUACCCCCCUCGUAUACACACAUGUACCCAUCAUACCCGUUUUACGUGCACGUAUGUAAAAUUCUAAUGCUACAGUUAAUUAGAAAAAUAUAGCUAAAAACUGCUGAUGGGUGUGCCGGCUGUUGUAGGUGUGAAGUCAGGAAGGUAUGGGGCGCAUGGGGUUAUUUAAUGCAUACCUAUGAACAUCGAAAAACCGUAUUGUUAACGAAACACGAUUUCGAGCGGAGUUCGGUUACACGUAAUUUUUACGAUUUCCGUAGAAAUUUGAUCUUAAUUCUCGUGUACACAAAUAAUAAAACUUCAACGUUACGCUUAACUUUUUUUCACCAUCAAGUACAAAUUAUAAUAGACCUCGUGUUUAAUUUUCAAGCAUUUCUGUUUGUUCAAACAAUUUUGGCCACAUUAAUUCAAAAUAACACCUACCAAAUUAAAACUAAUUCUCAAAUGCAAAAUGUCUGUAAAUAACUAAAAAUCAGAAUGUUUUGAAUAUUUUACAGCGUUUUUUAUAUAAGUUUUCUGUGGAAUGUUCAAGUCUCUACGAAUAUUUGCAACCGAAUUACAACUUUAAUAAAACAUUAUUGAAAAUAAUAAAACCGUAAACUUUCCCGUUUUUUUCCCCAAUUGUUAAUUAAACUAAACGGAAAAUAAUAAUAAUAAAAAAAGGAAACACUUUCAUAAACACUAACAAAAUUUAACAAAAAAAAAAGGUCUCUUGACAUCAUUCGAUUGGAGCAAGUUUUCUGACGUAAAAGUUGUUUACAGACAGAAAACAAAGCACACACAGUAAUUGCCAAUACAUUCCGAGCGUUACCCUCAGAAUCUAAAACGAUGAGUGAAAUAACGGAGAGUGAAUACAGCAGACAUUAAUCGUAAAUAAAGUGUAGAAUUUUCUUCUUUACCCAGCAGCGAUGUCCAUCGAAGGACCCAUUGAUUGUCGACGACCACGCACGUUUAUAAUAUUCAAGGGGCGGGCUGGCCCGUCAUCUGUAUUAUAGUUUGAUCCAAGUUUUAAGACUGCGUACUGGCCUGCGGACCUGUGGCCACUGAUAAUAUUCAAAUAUUUUAUCCGCGGGAACGUCGCGCGGCGGAAUAUCGAAAACUCAACGCGCUCAACCGCCGGUAUUUUUACCGAAAAUAAACACCGGCGAUUGGAGGGGGGGGCGGCGGCGGCGGCUCCAUGACGACCGCUUUGUUGACCGCGCCGGUAUUCACCGGAGUACGGUAUACUCGGCGUCACGCGCGUAAAACAGGACGGGCGCGCGCGCACAACGUACCUAACCUAACCCCGGUGGUCGCGUGGUUCGGACCACGGACAAGGCUUCUCGCGGGUACCGGCGUGCAGGAACGGUACGCACUAGGUAUGUGAGCGCGUCGGUGCACGCGCGGGCCGCGUGUCGUCAUGGCGACGACACUUUCACAAAGCCGACCGUGUUCGACGGCCGUCAAAUACGUAGGUAUAAUACGAGGAUAAAAAAGAAAAAAAUUAUAUUAUUAAACAGGUACGACACGGUGCAUAGCGCCCGUAACCCCACCAACCGUAGCGCGUUAUACGAAGGCGGUCCGUGAGUCGUGACCUCAUACCCGUAGCACGGAACCGAGUGACAGUGGCGCAUUCGGCCCGAACGCGGACGAUGGGUAACGCGCGCCGUACGCUUUCGCCGUGUACAAAAAUAUUGUAAUCAUAAAAAAACAAAACAAACAAAAAAAAAAAACAAAAAAACAAUAGUAAAUAGGUGCAUAAUAUCAAUACAAUCGCGGUAGUUUUUUUUUUUUUUUUGCCAAACAUUCUUUUUCCCUACGCCCCCGGCAGUGUGUCGUCGGCCGCGUGUGUUACGACGACGGCGGCGGCGAGGCGAUUUUCGGAUUUUCGUUUUUUUCAUUCGUUAUCGCCCGUCUCGUAAACACAACUCUGUACACGUUCGAUUACGAUUCAAAUACCGCAGCGAUAAUAUCAUAAAAUUGUCCGCGCACGACGGAGACGUUUUCGCCCGCGGACCACUGCAGAUGUCGCCGUCGGUCAAAGUGUCGGUCCGGUUUAGCGCAGCAAAAACAUUAACACCCGGACGAAAAACGAUAACAUUGUCGCCGUGUAGAAGGACAACUCGCGUGGUUCCGCGGACGUAACCCCGUCAGACACCAGCGCGGUAAACCGAGGGGGGGGAGGCGGAAAAACCGGAAACGCGAUGAACAACAACCCGUACGCCCGGCCGACGGUACAGCCGCACAUUGAGGAUUUGCCUUCCGACUGCGGGUGAGUUUGACGCACGCCGUCUAUCCGUUAUAACGUUAUUCUCUAUUUCUCUCUCUCUCUCUCUCUCUCUCUUUCUGUCUUUCGUCGUGUUUUUACCGAUAUAUUUUUAUUUUUUUCUAGCCUCGACUGACCAUAAUUAUAACCACAAUAUUAUAUUAGUUUAGAGGCCGGAUUCAUAUUAUUUUAUAAUCCGCGAAAAACCAUUAAAAACACGAAAAUAAAAAAUAAGUAAAAAUCAUAGAUAUGUGUUUUAAAGUCCCCCUCUAUAAUGACUCGUAGUGUUAUUAAAUUAAAUUGCCUAACACUACAAAAAUUAUUAACACGAAUCGAUUUCUUUUAAAUAAAAUCGUACAUAUUAUAUAAAAAAAAAAAAUUACUUUUUAUUAAUCAUUUUUAUGGUGUUGGAAAAUUAUAUUUAUAAAUCGUUAGACUCGUUAGUCGUUAGAGGAGGGGCUAUUAAACACCUCUAUUAUUUUUGCGUUUUCGUAUACCUAUUUUUUAAGUGAUAUUUUUUUAAUUUUUGAGGCUUUUUGACGUUUCCAAGUGUUUUUUUGUGGAUUUUAAGAACAUAUGAAUCUGGCCUCUAUUUAUUAUGUAUACUUCCGCGAUAUCACUGUAUCUGCAACGAAUCUGUCGCAAUCGUAUCGUGAUCGUUGUCACGAGUAUAUAAUUAUUAUUAUCAUUAAUUCCGCAUGCCAGCACUGUCUAUAAUAUUUGAAUAUUAUAACGUGCAAAUAUGUUCAGCUCACGUCAUAUUUUAAAACUCGAAAUGUCUUUUACGUUUCGGACACCAAUAAUAUUCUAUAUAGCGUUCGGAUCAACAAGUUUUCGUCUGCUCGCCCAUCAUCAGCGCUCUUUUCUCGAUAUUCUUUUGGUCUAAAUCAAAUAAAUUUGAUAAUAAUAUUUUUCUAGACAUAUUCAUAUUCAUAAAAUUUAUAUCACAUGUACCGUUUAUAUGAGUUAUAAAAGCUUAAAGUUUAGACCGGAGGAGUAGACAAGGGUAAUAAAGUGCAUAUUAUUUAUUUUUAAACGAUAAAUUGGUAACUCUUCUACAUACCUCCAGUCUAAACUUUAAAGUGUCAUAAUAACUCAUAAACGGUUAGUUGUAAAAUCGGAUUAGUGUUAUGUACAUCAAAGUGUCUAGAAAAAUAUUCCCUGGGUUUGUGAUUGAAGGGGAGGGGGCGGUUACUAUUUAAAAAUCCUAAAAAUUGAAAAUAAUGUUAAAUAAAGCUAGAACAAUUUUAUAAUGGUUUAGAAAAAAAAAAAAAAAAAACAUAAAUCCAAUUCGCUUAAAAUCCACCGAGUAAAUGGGGUUGGUUUAUGAUAAAAGAAUCAUCUUGUUUUCAUUACAAGUAAAUUACAUUUUGAGUAUUGCUAAAUGACUAAAAUUACUUUAUAUAAAAUAAAAUAUAUUAUGACUCAUGUAUUUUCGUGGACCAAAAGUCAUAACAAAUUCGUGUAUUUUAAUUUUCAGUAUAACACGUGUUAGAAUAUAUGCCAUUAUUAUACACUUAUGCCAUUUAGAUCGAAAAAUAAAGGAGAACAAAUAAGAUGUAUAAAAAAAAAAAAGGCCAAACGCUGUCUUAAGACUUUGUUCUCUGGCCCCCUGGGACCAAACAUAUAUAACAUGUUUAAUGUUCAAGCAAUAAUAUUGGCACGUUGCAUAGGAAUUUAUUCGUUUUAUUAGCAUUGCAAAUCACCACAAAUCGUACAUUAUAGAAAUUUUAGAGAGAUGAUUUUGCCGUUUUCGAACAAUUAUUAUUAUUAUUCUAUUUCUAUGUGAAAUUCUGAAAGAGGGGACAAAGAUUUUGUCUAUUGAACUAUUAUAUUAUGAAAACAAUAACAAUAACUAUAAUGUGUGUACCUACAUUUACACUUUACACAAUUGACUUAUGUGUACAAUGUUUUAAUAUCAAAUAAAAAUCUAAAGUUUCAAUGACCUAGUUUUUACGGUUUAUUUUACAACGAAUAAUUAUUAUCACUGCAGUUUUUAACCCUAGUACUAGUGAAUUCAACUAUCCAGAUUAAGAAUAAACAGUAUAUCCAUAUUUGUUUAUCCGAAAUCCGAAUUAUUAGAAUAAUCCAGGUAAUCCAAAUAAUUUUAUUAAAAGACGGACAUACUUAGCACAUGUGUGGGCCACUGUUGUAGGUGAGAAGUUGGAAAGGUAGGAUACAGACGGGAAUUUAAUGUAUAUACACAACGAUAUUAAUCAUUGUUAACGAAAAACGAUUCUAAGUGGAAUUCUGAGCGGAAUAACCUAACUUAUUUUCCCGGCUUUUCUCAUAUAUUGGGAUCCUGGGAAAAUCAAUCAGCCUCUCUUAAUUACUACCUCAGGCGAAAAUUUCCUUUCAGAAAAGAUGCUAUACUUGAUACUUCGAACCAAGAUUUUUGGUAGAAUUUUGGUACACGGUAUAAAAAAAAAAAAUUAAAAAAAAUCCUCUUUCUAAAACUAAUACACAAAUACACUUCACUACUUCAGAGUUUAAAACAGCCACGUUAACACAUUAAACUUUAGGUAAAAUAGUAAUAGUCAGAUCCACGCAGAUGAUAUAAAUCCGAAAAAAAUUAAAGAAUAUUCAAGAAGUGGAUAUAAAGACAUUCGAACUACAAGGAUUAUCCGAAUAAAACUUAUUUCAAUAUACGGUUUCGGAUAUCUGGAUAUAUUCAAUUUCAUUGACAUCCAGGGCCGGAUUUAGGACUAUGUUACCUAGGUGGCUGGGCUACAGCCUAAGGGCGCCGAGGCUGGGAGAUUAAUUUUUUUUUUAGAUAUAAUUCCUACCUACAAAUUUAAUUUACCACCUACUAGAAAAAAAAAAUCUAUUGAAUAUAAAUACUGAUAUUAAAUAAUGUUUAUUUUUGUAAGUUUGCUGAUAUAAAAUUAUAAAUAUAGCCCGGAAUUAACCGAAUAUCAUUCAAACAUUCGAUAAGUAAAUGGGUGAUAAAACUUUACAUUAAAUUAUAUUUGAUAAUAUUAUUACAUAUUCAUGAUAUUUUCAACACGCUCCCUGUAGAAGAGGAUCAGAAUACUCCCACAGUACUUCUACUUGUCGUAAACGACAAAUGUAGUUUGGUCAGGUCGACAACCGAUGUAAAAUUCUGUCAAAUAUGAAGAGUUCUAACAAGAAUUCGGCAGAUUGUCCCAUACUUUGCACCAACAACGGUAGUGCACCAUACACCCAUCAGCAGUAAUAGCUCUUUGUAUUUUUUUUUUUUUGUUAUUGAAUACCUAUGUAAUAUGUAAUGUCACUGUAAUAUAACAAAACCGCGUCUUGAAAAAUAUACAUUUUUAAUCGGAAUAUAAAGGCGGUACGUUUUACCAUAAUUAAUUUAGGUCAACUGAACGUAGGCAGGUACGAAUAAAAAAAAAACUGAUUAUUUAAAUAUUUUAUUGUUACUGGAAAUAAAAUAAUUAAGGUGUACCAUAGUACUGGAAUAUUUACUAAUUAUAAAUUUGACAAAAAACAUUUGUUUUUUAUUAUAGUUGUCGCGUUAAGCUAAUAUAUUUAAGCUAAUUUAAAUAGAAGAAUAUUUAUUGUAAAAUUCGGAAGAACACUUGCUGUUUUAAUUACAAUAGACAGACGUAAAUCGAUGUGAACCGGGAGGAAAGAGUUAAAUUUUACCUCCCCCCAAAAGAUAAUUAUUCAAUUAGUUACGUUUUAAUCAUUUAAAACGCACCAAUAAUCGUUUUGGUGCCCCUUAAAGAAUCCAACUCUGUUACAAGUAUACCUAAUAUAUAAAUACAAGAAGUAAUUAUUUAUUUUUAAUACAGUAUAAUAUUUAUAAAAUUGUGUCAUAAACAUUCUUUUCAAAUUUUAAAGAACAUUUGAAUAUUAUAUUUCAUUGAGUAUUAUCAAUGCAAUUUUUUGAUUUUAUUAGGUACCUACUCGUGCGUGAACUUCAAUGACUCGUAAACCUCUCGUGCCGCUGCACUAUUCAGUGAUUAUUAAUUAUGGAUGUUUUUAGUAUAAAAUUUAUAAGGAGAUUUAGAUAUGUUUCAUUUCUGUUUCAAACUGUACACUUGAGCUGAAUAAUAUUAUACUAAAUUUUUUCGAGAAUAAAAUAAUUACAGCUAUAGUAUACAGUGUGUAUAUCGCAACUAGGAAAUUACACAAUAUAAUAGGUUUACUUAUAUUUUUGAAUUCUUAAUUUCCCCCCCCCCAAGAUAUAAUAAAUAUAAAUAUAAUAAUUUGUAAUAGUAUAUUAUACAAGAUAAUGGAUCUUGGUGUAAUUGACACGUAAUUUAAUUCGAAUUUAUUGUACAUUAGGUACGUGCUAUGUGUUGUGCUGAUAUUAUUAUUUCAAAAUUAAAUAAGGAGUAAGGAUCUAAUUACCUUAAAGUUAUAACAACCGAAAAUUAUUUUUCGAACGUGGGUUAUUUAGAUUUUAGAUUAGAAUUAGAUUUGUUCAAAAAUUAACUGCGCGUUCGGGGUUCACCGAAAAAAAAUACAAAAUUUAAAAAAAAAUUUCAAUGCUCACGUCUAGUUAAAUAGUUUAAUGUUGUUUUUAUUAUAUAUAUAUAUAAUAGGAAUGUCUAUUUUAGAAGUCAUAUUUUAUUUAUCAUCAAUCGACCGGAUGUAAAUGAGACCAAUUGCACUGUAAUUUAAUUUUUAAUUGAUUUUUGCCGAUUGAGCGUAGGUAUUAAAAUAUUUUAUUUUUAUGUAAAAUAAUAUGUAUAGGGUAUAGGUACACUGGCAUAUUUAUUAAGUAAUAAUUUGACAGAAAACGACCGUUUCUUACUAUAGUUGGCAUGUUAAGCUAAUAUAACUAUUGUUAUAGAAUAAUUCGAAAAUUCGAAAACCGUUUUCUUUUUUUUUUGUUAUAAAUACAAUUGUUUUAUGUUAUAAUACUUUAAUAAUAUUAUAUUAUUAUGGGUUAGUUUAUGAUUAGUUGAAAUAUUGUUUAGAGAAUUACAAAUUCAUGUUCGAAAAAUAUAUAUUUAGACAAUUUUGAGUUUAAAAAAUGAGAUAAAAAUAAUUAUCUAUCACUAAAUUCUACUUGUCGUUACAUAAUUGUAUAAUAAUACAUAAUGCAUAAUUGUACAUAAUUGUAUUAAUUUCGUAUGAAUUUUUAAAGAAGAUCAAAAGCAGAAUUGAUAGAAUUACCGUUGGUAAUAGAUUAGUUAAUAAUUUAUUUAUAAUUGACGAUCAAACAAAAGAGGGAUCGUUAUUUGCGGUCCGUAUUAAACGAUUAAAGGGGGAAUUUUCAAGGAAAUUUCUAGAUGAUAGUGGUAUUUAGAAUGGGGCUUGGGAUCGAGUGGAUCGAGGUGGGACUUUAAAGUUGAUAAGAGAUAGGAGAGUAGGAGAAUCAAUUUUUCCGCUAAGGAGAUUAGAUAGAAAGAGAUAUUACUCGCCUGUCUAUGAUCCGCAAGACUUAUAAGGCUCAGAGAAUGCAAGACAGUACAGUAAUCACGGGGAGAACAAGACAUUUGGAGUCGGUACCCAACAGCACGGAGAAACCUUCGCUGAACAAUCUAUCAUAGCGCUGAAUGAUGCGGGAGCUGGGUCAUACAAUACACUACCGUACUCAACGAUAGGCCGUACCAGAGUCGUCGGGUAGAGUCCAGUCGAGGGAUUUUAGUGGCAGGACAAUAUGGUAUUGUGGUGAGGAUCGAAGGAUGAACCCGAGAACUUUGAGCGCCUUACAACAUAUCUCUAUGUGUUUGUGAGGGAAGAGGUUACUGUUAAUUAUUUAUUAUUUUUUAAAAUAUAAGUAUUAGAUUAUAGAUAUAUGAUUAUAACUUUGAUACCAUAGUGGAAGAAGAGCUUUAGUCAAUUUUGUCAAUAUAGUUUUCAAUAUACAAUUAAAUUUAAAAUUUUUAAAACUACAUAAAGGCAUAAUGGGCUUAGUUACUAAAUGACUAAAUUAAUAGCGUUCUUGAAACCGUGUCGCUUAGAACCUUUUGCCGUGUCACCAUCGAUAUAAUGAAUUAAGAUAUUUUAAUUUUCAGUAUAACAUGUGUUAGAAUAUGCAUACACUUAUACUGUUUAGACAAAAAAAUAAAGGGGAAGAAAUUAUAUAAGACACUACAGUUGUAAAAAAAAAAAAAAUCUAAAAAUUGUCUUAAGUCCUUCUUUUCAAAGAUACAUUUCAUGUGUGGAUGUGUUUUACUUUUUUGACGAAUCUAAAGAAAAUCUUAAACGUUAAUAUAAUAUAAUAAAUUCAUAAGACUAUUUUUUUUUUCACUGACAAUAAUUUAAAACCUAAAAUACUAUACGUAAUAUUCGCUAUUCGAUCAAUAAAAAAACCUGACGUUUCUAUAAUUGUUUACCAAUAUAUAUUUAUAAUAUGAUAUCAUAAUAUAUAUUAUAAUAUAGGACAUAAGACGUAACAAUGACGUAUAUAUUUUGAGUGGUGUCUAUUAUAGUGUACAAAUAUUAUUUUGAGACAAUUAUAAUUAAUUACGACGAAAUUAAUUAUAAUUAUUAACAUUUUCGAUGACGUGCUUAAAUAGAAAAAACUCUUGGUAACGUCUAUACCGAGACAUUUAAAUAAAACACGGAAAAACGUACCUACCUAUAAUACGUGAAACUACUAUUAGUUAGGGCUAGUCUGACUGAGCUGUUGCAUAACUAAUUAAAUACUAAAUACUUACUAAUAUUAUACCUACCGUAGACAUUGUAUACAUAUAUAUUUUUCUACGUCAACGGUUACAUAUGUAUCUUUUUUUUUUUUCGUCACGAGCACACGGCGUCGUCGUUGGUUGAAAACAUAAUAUCAUGCGCUCGGCCGACGUUCGCAACGAAAGAAACCAAAAAAUGUUCCACGCGCCUCAAAUAAUCUGAGCGUAUUAUUAGCGUAUGUAUAGGUACGUAAAACGACGGGGAGGGAGCAGGAAAAUCAAGGAAACUUUUAUGCGCCUAACUAUUACACGAUGUGAAUUUCGAUCGAUAAAAACAUAACGCUCACUGCUAAAUGCAUAAUCGUGCGAGGUGUUAAUAUUAACGAUAUUAUAACGUUUAGUUUUCUGUGAAUAAUGUCAAGAUAACUUUUCAAUACUUUUCCUCAAAUUUUAUCUAUAAACUCCUUUUUUUUUUUUUUUUUUUUUUUUUUUUUUUGUAAUUCAACGGUUUAUUUCAUUUAUUUACCAUGUAAAAAUCAAAAUAUUACUGCAAUAGUUUGCAGUAAUUCUUUGGUCUUGGGGAAGACCUUAAGUCAGUUUUGUACUUAUAGUUUUCAAUACAAGCAAGUUCAAUUUUGAAAAUAUAUAAAUGUAGAUAUGCCGGCCUUUCAGACUAAAAAUUUCAUACGAUAAAAUUACAAAAAAAAAAAUUAAAAAAACGCCCUAACUGGGACUAAAGAAUUAUAGUAAUGUAUAGUGUAUUACAUAUAUAAUAUAUACAACAACUAUUUUAGGUUGUAUAUAAUAGGUUAUAGGUUUGUUUUUAAUUUCUCAUAGUUUAUCAGCUGCAGAUGAAUUCAACUAAAUCUUUGGCUGAAAAUCUAUACGUGCAACCCUUAAAAAAAUGAGGAUUAAGGAUUCUAUAUAAAUGCAAAACUGAGUGUUUUUGGUUGUGGCGAAUCGCGGGAAAACGCGUUAUUGAUUUGUCAUUUAAUAUUGACACAGUCAAAAACGUGCGAGGUAGCUAGUAAAUAAUUAAGCAGAUCGACUUUGAAAUCGUUUGCGAUGGACCGUUUAAUCGACCCUGCUAUGCAGUAUUCAUUUCGACCAGUCUUCUAACUACUCGUAGUAACUUCAUCCUUCUACCAAUUGUCUUAUUAUUAUUAUUUUAUAUAUUUAUCAAUUUAUCAUCACACACAAAAACGAUAAUAGAUAAUAUUUCAAAUUGAAAAAAUAAUAUCAACAUCAAGAUCAAGGGGAUACUAUAACACCCUAGAACUCCCCGUUAAAUCCGUCUCUGGUUAUUCCAGUUGUAUACAUGUUGGUUACAUGAUGCGGUUUGUUCCUCGUGUUCACCGCAAAUAUUUACCAUGUGUUUACCGUUUUGUUCGUUAAAUCCCAUUGAAAAUUCGAAACAAUCGUUAUUGCUGUGCCGCAGUAUUUUAUUUUUUUUUUUUCAAGUAUAAUAUGAUGGGCACACCCGUUUUCUGUUUUUAUGUGGACAUUGACGUCUCGUGUGCAAUGUGCAUACAUUAUUGUAUAGGUAUUACACAACAAAUAUACAUCGCUGGUACCUAGGUGGCUAGGUACACGUGUAGGAAAAUUAUAUGUACCUACACAUAUUAUCGUAAUAUAAACAUUUAACGCUGUCUGGGACAUAUGGUGUGAACCCUAUGCGUAUAGAUUGCUCAUUUAAGUAUGUAUAGGUAUUAUUAUAGGUAUACGCGCAGGAACAUACACGUAUACUGCUGGUAUCAUUGCAGUGUAUAAUAUUCGAAUAGGUACUCCAAGUAUAAUAUCGUCGGCUUAGAAAAAGAGGGACGUGUAAACCAAAUUUAGUUUUUAAUUUUAUGCAUAUUGUCCAAAUUUUUUUCAGAAUUUAGUGUUAAAAUUACAUUAGAUGCUAAUUUAAUUUAAUUUAAUUUAAGCAACUAAAUGCUAAUUUUAACAAAUUAAAUUAUCAAAUGUAAAUUUAAUUUCAAAAUAAUUUUUUUUUUGGUUUUACUGAAAAGUUUGCAUUAUUUGAUUGAUACGUUCCUCUCAUUUUAAACCGACGAUAUUGUAGGUAUGAAUUAUAUUAUACGUAGCGUGGUGAAAGCUUUUUUUAAGAGACGAUAUUUGACAAAUCGAGUAAACGGCUUAAAAUGCAUUAUAGUAAUAUGUAUUAAUAUGCAAGUUUGACUAAAUAUAAUGGCGCAAUUAUAGGUACUGAAGUCCAUCAAUACAGAGGAAGAGCCUCGUAAAUCAAAUUUAUUUAAUAUUAUGGCAGGGCUCAUGCCCUACUUCUCCCCCAAGGUUUAUGAACUAAUUACGCCACUAAUUAAAUAAGAAUUAAGUCAAUGCAUACUAGUGACUCGUGACUCCACAAAACGUGGAAAUAGCCUAUUUACUAACUCGUAUUAGGUAUUUAUGUAUAUAGGUACCGGGUACCUGGUACCUAUUAAAAAUAAAUUCCAAAAUUUCUCGAAAACCACGUAAAAAUAAUUACAUGAUUUUCAGUCAAUAGAUGUAGUUUAUAAAAUUGAAUUCGCCUCGGUAAUUUUGAGUUCACCGCGCCACUGCAAGCAAUACGCUAUCGUCGAUAAAAAACGAUUAGGAAUGAUGACUAUAAUACCUACUGGAAAAGUUUGGCCGACACUGAACGAUGACCUUCUUGCACUUCCGGUUCCUCGUUCGUCCGAAGACCCAUCAUUAUGUAUGCUAUUCCACAUAUUGUCUGAAUUUGUUAUUAAUCGUAAUGUAGGUGGACUGUACUGUUUGUGUACGAAUCGAAAUCCACGUCAAAUCAUCACCAUUAGGUGUAUUAUAUUAUAAAUACGCGUACAGUGGCGGCGAUGCCCAUUCAAUUUUCUGGCAUAUUGAGGCGGCUGGGUAUAAAAAUAACUGUGUGUAUGAAAACGAUGUUUCGAAAUAAGUUGACAAUGUUUUGCGUAAAAAGGUUCAUACCUAUUAUACAUUUUAAUCGUGUCACCGUUAAAUUAUAUAGCGUAUAAUAUAGUUAUGUUGUAACUACCUACCUGCUAUUGUAAUUCGAUGCAAUUAUCUUUGUUUUUUUUUAAAUCGUUCUAUUAUAAUAUUUAAUACGUUUUAGUAUAGGUACUUGUUCGGCUUGUCCAUGGAUGCUAUUAAAGUAUUAACUAUUAGUUGCAUAGGUGCCAUAAUAUGUAUAGAUAGAACUCCAAUGUUCUACAUAUUUGAAUAAUUAGGGAAAAGGUAUAUUUGAAAAAAAAAAUUACAAUGGUAUACCUAUUGGUAUCUAUUAUGAUAUAAUAAUAAUCAAGGCUCGGAUUUUAUAGCACUGAAAAUAACUGAAAUAUUUCGCUAUAUAUGGCUUAACAAAUCUUAAAAUAACGGCUAUAAUAUGUACUAACAAUUUUGAAUUAAGCUAUAGUAUGCCAUAAAAACAUAAAAAAAUUCUCAAAAAGAAAAUGUUUUUUUUUUUUAAAAUAUAUAUAUAAAAAUACAACCGAAAGAAGACAUAAAUGUAAACUGUUUGAUAAUUCAAUAAGCACGGCUACUUAAAAAUAAAUUAUAAUACGAAAUGAGAAUGUAGGUAUUUUUCUUAUGGACUCACAUAAAUGAAAGAUUUUUUCUAAUUUUUCAUGAAAAUUACAAAAUAAAUCAUAACAUUAUACAUAUUAGCAAAAAAUAGCAAUAUUAAAUUUCAUAUCUUUUUAGUCCCUGGCGCAUAAAACAAAUAUAAAGCGCACUCUGCUAUUUUUUAUCUGUAUCCUAAUACAACUGUUAGCAAAUGCUAUAAAAUCCGAGCCCUGUUAAUAAUAUGUAGGUGUCUUUUAAAUACCUAUCUACUUACAAUAUGUAGGCUACCAAUCUACCUAUAUUAAUUAACACUAUAAUAACAUGCGCCACGUUUUAACGCAUAUUUUAUCGGUUUAUUAAAUAAAAUUAUUGUAAUACUGCUAUAUAACCAAUAUUAUCAGGUACAUGUUUAUAAAAUGUAUAGAUAUGUGUACUUUUAUAUAUCUUGAGCCAUACAACAAUGGGUAUUAAACAUGGACGUGGACAUGCAUUAUAGGUAGGCAUCUACCUAUAUACCUAUAUUUAUUAAUAAGUACCCAGGUACUGUAUAAUAGUGGCAUGCGCCAUGUUUUAUCAACACAUUUUAACAAUACUAAACUUGUAUGUAGAUAUGAAUUAUCACUUUUUAUAUAUAUAUAUAUAAUAGUUUUAAUUAUACUAUACAUUUUAAUGUCUGUAUCAUAAAUAAUUAUUAAGUAAUGGAUAAUGUCUACCUAGGUAUUUUAAAUUUCGGUUAAAGUAAUAAUAUCGUUUUCUUAAAUUAUACUAGUUUCCUUUCAAAUGUAUAUAAAUGUAUUAUAAAACAAAAAUAGAUAGUUUAAAAUAUAUAUAUAUGUAAUUAUAUAUUAUAAUUAGUAAAUGUAUAGUUCAAAGAGUUAAAAAGGAAUUAAUUUACAAGAGGGAAGGAAUGGAGAACUGCCGAUCAAAAGAUUGAAGACCCAAAGAGAGAAAUGUAUAGUUAAAAACCAUAAAUUUGUAAUUGAUUAUUUUUAUUUGAAAUACCAAAUAUAUUUGUGUAUACUUUAUUUAGUAUAUUUUAUUUUUCAAUUAUGUCCCAGUUUAACUCCAUACUCGUUUAAACUAUUAUUAUAUGGUAAAGAUUUCAAAAUGAGAAGAACCAGUUACAUGGCAUAGGCAAUUUGUUAACAUACCUAUUCAAAACAAGACAAUUUGUGUCGCUCUACAAAAUGAUUUUUCUUCAAAGCAUACCAAUCUGUUGUGUAAUCAACUAAUACGAGUAUAAUAGGUACAUCUAUAUCUAUUGCAUUUACUUUAAACUUCCCAUGACCGAUUAACUCGUAUUUUAUCUAUACUAUUGUGAUAAAGAGGUAAGGUUUGCACGAGUGUGAGUUUGUAUGUAGAUUGUAGGGGUAAUCUCUGAAACUAAAUAUCCUAUUCUGUCACUGUUAGAUACCUAUAGUAUUUCCGAUGUAGUAUGUGUUUUAGCCAAGCUAUCACGGUUUUUGUCUAGCAAGUCAGAAAAAAAUACCGCUUUUCUAAGCAUUCUUAAAACACGUAGCGUACGAAUACUACGUACUAUAAAAAUGAAAACAAUGAAUGGCAAACAUGUAGGCUUUUAUAAUAGGAUAUGUUGACUUACAUGCUAAAACUAAUUUUUUUUUUGUUUUUUACUAAGUAAUGUUUAGAAUUUAGAUGUUUAUAUUAUCAAUAAAGUAAAGCUGUAAGCUAGGACUGCUGAUUUGACUAUGAAAAUUCUUCAAAUGAAAAAAACGAGUAGAAAUCUACACUAUUCCCGGAUGGCGUAGGCUAUGCCCACUAAUUGAAAUCCUAAAGUGGGCAGAUCCAUUUUUAGUACGAAAAUCUAUUUAUUUUUAUUAAUUUAUGAGUUACACAGAAAAAAAACAACAAAUAUUAUCUAAUUUGUUUUUUAUUAAACAAAUAAUAUGACGGGAGACAUAUUAAUAUACUACCUAUUACAUAAUAUAUACCAUAAAUGAAGAACUUUAGUAAUUGAAUUUCGUUGUCAUACGGGCAUUUAUUUUGUCACGGACAAGGCCGAGGGGACAAUUAGUUUUAUAAAACAAAGCGCUCUGUAAAUAAAGAGUAAAGUCUUGUGUACCACAUCCUAGUAAUCAGAUGAAAUGUUUAAUAAUAACAAGCUUGCAUUUUUCAUGAAGUUUACUUGAAAACGACUUUUUCACUUUUUUGAAAUUGAAAACUUAUACUCUUAAAAAUUUGAUUUUUUUUUAGAAUUUUAAAUUAUGAAUAAUAUUAAAUUAAAAAAAAUAAAUAAUAAUAAAAUGCGAUUUUAUAGGUAAACUUCAUGACGAAUAUUAAAAUGUAUUUCUAGAAGAUUUUCCGGUAACGGUGUCGUAAGCGAUUUACCUGUAUAAAUUUAACUGUUCAGUAAGAGUAUUUAACCUAACCUAACCUAACAGUACGGGGUAAACACACAGUAGUUGAUCGAUUCUACUUGUGCCAUGUUGUUGUUGUCGAUUAUUUUUGAUCACUGUCGAGUGUCGAGAUAAACGAAUCUUUUUUCAUUGGAAACGUAAAUACCAUAAAAUUCGUUUAAUGCGAGAGGAUUUUCCGAUAACAAAGUAAAUCGGUACAAUUGGCAAAAGAUUGAAACCUACUUUUAAACAAACAAAAAAUCCCUUCUCGACUGUACCCCUUCCUCUUAAAUGGCCGCAUAUAAGUUCAAAAGUCUUAUCGUUAAGAUGAUCAUUUAACUAUAAAAAUAUGUUUUGAAUUUUACAAACUUGGAGACAAUUUGAAAACCAUCGAAAAUCUUUUUAAUUUAUAAAUCUAUAUUAAUCAAAGGAGACGGGUUUUUUUUUAUAUCCAAUAAAAUGUUAUUGAAAUGUUUUUUAUACAGAUUGCAAUGGCUGGGAUAUUCUCUAUGCCGUUCUUGGAUAAGAUGCGCUACCAUUGGAAAAUAUUUGAUCACGAUUACUAUAUUUAUUUUCUUCCAAACGGCGUCUCAAAGAUACUUUUUUUCAACGUUAGAAUCGAAAAGCUACAACAUCCCCAAAGAAAUAUCGGGUAUGUUUAAUUCGUUUACUAUGUACCUAAUGAUAAAUAAAUAAUUGCAUAAUAAAAAUACCGAUGACGUACCUGUGUACAGCAGUGUACACUGAUUGACGGAAACGAAGUGUUUAAAAUAUAUGUAUGAAUUAUGACAAUGCAGAUUGGCUGUGGAUGCUCAGCGGGUUUAUUCAUUUAAUCCUCUCGACGUUCAUCGGGUACCGAGGAGGCAAACGUAACAAGAGUUCAUGGAUUGCAUUUUUUGGAGUCCUACAGGGUAUUUUGGCCGUCUUGUUAGCGUUGAUCAACGCGUCCGACCACUACAGUUUUCAACGACCGUCAGCCUUAGUUUUAGCCACUUCGGGUAAUUAUAAUAAUUAUAAAUGUACCGUAUAACGGAAUAAUCAAUGGUCCGUGCUAAUAUAAAUAUUUUAUUUUUCAGAAACACCGCUCUGUAACUCGAUACACGGCAAUUCUCACUACACCCAGGAACCGUACGUUUCGUCCCACUUGGUGAAAAUCACAGUACUGUGUUUACUCCAAGUCAGCAUGUCUUUGGGAAGCACUGCUGUAUUGGCUCUGGGUCUAGGUCUGCUCGAUGAGUCGGUGACUCCGACCAAAAUUCCGGCUUGUAUAGGUGUAGUGAUCGGUUCGUCACUGUUGGGUCUCCAGACCGGGUUGAUGGUGGGCAAAUUUGCGUUUCACAUGAGCGCGGAGUCCAAUCUGUCCGGAGACAUCGCGUGGCUCAGUGAGUUUAAUACCUUCAAAACUCGAAUUCAAUGCAUUGUCUACACUCUUUGCGCUUGUAUAUUUUAACAGUAAUCGGACUAAUCCUGAUAGCGGUCUCUUUCGUUGUGGUCCUAUUUCCCGGCCGACUGGUUACGAGUCGCGCGUCGUCAUUAAUACGGAAUAGUCCUAUUUAUCGAAACAAUAGAUACGGUAAGUUAGGUACCUACUGCAGCCGUGUAAUUUACACGAUGCAGUCCCAAUAGGCAGUAGCGGAUCCAAAGGGGAAAAUGCACUCCCUUCCGGACUUUAGAGACUAUACAAAAGUUUCUACGUCCACAAAUAUUCAACUGUUUAACGCAUAUAAAAUACAAGGUUUUCACGGAACAAAAGCGGAGAGGAACGACGAUUGUAUUAAUAAAUAAUAAUUGUGUUAUGAUGUAUUUUGGGAGGCGCGUAAAAUAUUAGAAAAUAUUUUGUCGAAAAAAGAAUUCGUCAGAAAGUAGUUUGUCGGAACCGUAUUAAGUCUGUCCCGACGAAUUAUUUUUCCGACAAAAUACUUUCCAAUAAACAAUAGCCAUCCGUAUUUUGUUUUUUAAUUUUUAUUCUGUUUGUAUACACAUUUUCUAUCAGAAAUCUUACUCCAAUCAAAACGUAAGUUAGCAAUGGUUUGUCUGUUCGUGCUUACAGACGUAAAUUAAACAAUCUUAUGUGUCCUACCUUUUCAACUUCGCUCGCCUAAAACAGGACAGCUGCACACAUCACCAAUAACGCCUACUUUUUUUUUUCUUUUUGCUUAGUAGUAAUUUUUUUCCUAAAAAUUCAACUCUGGAUCCGUCACUGCCAAUACAGGAAUGUAUGAUUAUUCGAUCGUUCAAUUUUAUAGAUUUUAGGAGCACGCUCGGAAGAAUUUUUGGUAACAAGCUAGUUUUGUCGAACGUGGCCGCCAUUGCUUGCGUGUACACGGUAUUGAUCAAUACUCUGUACGAGGAGCCCAAUUACAUGGAGUCGGUGUUUUUCGUACCUAAACACACGACCGAUGCAACCGAUCAAAGCACGAUUAUUAUCGGUGCGUAAACAACGUAUAUCUAAGGGCGAUGUUAAUCCUAUACUGCAUAAUAUGCUCGUAUACAUAGUUAAAUAAUUAUAAAUUUCCAUAAAUAAUUUAAAUAAUUGGUAUAAGCCGGGUAUAUUUUCUCUAUGCCGGGCAAAUUAAUUUCACAUUAAACGCAUUCAAAAUGAAAACACGCGAUGUUCGUCUGAUUAUAUAAUUUGUUUAUAAUUUUUUUUUUAGAUUUUUUAAGAUAUCCGUUGGCGGCCAUUUGCGUUUAUUUAUCUGGCGUGUUGAUUUGCGUCGCACAGCCGAGGGCUACAUUAUUAGCGGCCUGGAACAUCGGAAUCAUUUGUAUCGUGACUAUUUUAGUUUUCUCUGGUAUGUUUCUCCGGUGUUCCAAAAUACAAGUACACAAUCAAUUAACGCACAGGUAGGUUCAAAAUAAGCUUGAAAUUCAUAAUUGGAUACAUUUACGCACAGUUUAUAGUUAUUAAAACAAAUUUUAUACGAGUUUUUCGACUUUGUCAAUAGAAACGAACUAAACGAAUAUUGUAAUAAGGACUGCAGUUGUCCGGACAAUAUUCCAUUCGAACCAGUUUGUUCGAUCAACAGUCGUAUUGUCUACUAUUCGCCUUGUCAUGCCGGUUGCAAGACUAAAGACGUUUAUUCUAGACAGGUGCGCUAAUAAAUGGAACAUAUAUAAAUAUUUAAUACACCUACGGCGCAAAAUAAAAAAAAAACCUAAUAUUUAAGUACCUAAUGGUUUUUUACUCCCAUAUAUAGGAGUACGUCGGAUGUGAGUGCAUGGCAACGGAACACGCCAGCAAGCGCGCUUGUUACGAUCAUAACUGCCAUCAAAUGAACAUUGGCUAUCAAUCAAUUUCAGUAUUGAUUCUAUCGCUUUUGAGUACUUGUAUAGUGGGCACUAUCGUUUUACUAUUGAGGUAAUAGCCGAAUUUGAAAAUCGUACCUAUUUGGCAACGUGACCAAACAACUAUUUAACCGAUUGCUUUUGGGUUUUUAGAAGCGUAGAACCUGACGACCGUACUACAACUCUGGGUUUUGCAGUUACUUUCAUUUGCUUGAUGGGACACAUACCCGGGAAAAUUCUCUAUUAUUUAGUUUCCCGUACGUAUAUACUAUAUAUUAUAUAAUGAUCAUCAGCUGUACAUCUCUGACAUGAUUUUUAUACUACGUGACGUAUGCUUAUUUUCAGAUUUUACGUGUAUUUUAUACGACAACAAUAAACAAUGUCGGCUAAAUGGCUCAGCAACAUUUUCCACCUAUCUUAGUUUGUCCAACAUAUGUAAGUUUACCAGAGUAAAUAGUAUUUCUUUGAGUGUUUAAUUUUUACACAGACUUCAUUCACAUAAACCUAUGCAGGUAUACUCAUGACUUCAGCAGCACUCUACUCGUGCGUAUGUUUAAUGUCGAAGCCAAUGCGUCCGUAUGGCAAUACGGAUUCUGCAAAAAAGUUUAUAGUUAGCUCGGUGACGAGUCCGCUAAGUCCAUUAACUCCACCUGGAUUUGAAGAACGUGCACCGACGCCAACCAGAAAACCACCAAAAAGAAGACCGUCCGAUUUAACGUUUUCGGACUCAAACACCAAUAUUGAUUUUACCAGACACACGGACGAUUAUUCGCCCAGAAGUCCUGGAACCACACUCCGAGAGGGUGGGGUCUUGACAACAUUAUUAUAAAGAUUCAAUAACAUUGUGUACAAAUUCAAAAAAAAAAAAAUAUAUUAUACGUUGUAUAUCUCGUCAGUAAUAUACCUACAUAAAAUCAAAAUUAACGCCAUAUUACCUAUAUAUUUAAUUAGUAGACAUCUCUAUAGGGGUACCUAUUACGAAUCUAGUCUGUAAUCUGGAAGAAAUGGCAAAUUUGACUCUCAUCUAAAACUUGAAAAUAAAAACAUUGCGUUACACAAAAUUAUGUUAAGGAUAAUAUUACAUAUCAAUAUUUUGGUACGUAAAAUUAAAAUGUAUAUUAAAUCAUACGAGCUUAAUACUUAAACAUAUUAUUUGCUUAUAAUAAAGUAUGUCAUAGGUAUUUAGUGCACAUACAUAGUUAUAGUAAAUGGUUAUAAUUUACGAAAAAUGUAUAAUAUUUAAGUUUUUAUUAAUAGAUAUCAGUUUACAAUUAUUUAAUUUUACUUUAAGUUAGAUAUAUAAUUUAAUCAAAUUGUCAUAAGACCUAUACAAGUAAAUACACUGUUGACUUUAAUUUGGAUUUAUUUUAUUUUAUCUUGAACCUACAAAUCAAUAUCACAACAUAAUUUAGUAUAGACUACUACAAACUCUAUGUACCUAUCUAAUUAUAACAUUAUGAAUCUAAUAAGUAAUUACAUGUUUAUUUUUAGCUAAUUUAAUUAAAAGGUAAUCUAUUUUAUAUCAUGUAUCUAUAAUUCUUAGUACAUACUUAAAUUACCUAUUUCAAUCCGUCAUCAAAAUAGUUUAAGAUAUCACUGUAAAUAAAUGAUUUAAAUCAAAUCGAAUCAUUAACAGAAUGCCUAUAAUAGAUUUUAUAUAGGUAACGAUAUUGUAGUUGAUAGCGUUUGAUAAAAUAUUGAACCUAGUUAAUUAUUUUUAAAUGCUAAUUGGUAUGAAUCAUGCAUAAUUAUAUGAUUAUACGAAUGUAUGUAUAUUUAAUAGAUUAAUUGGUUUCCUAUACAUUAUUAAUUUACGUGGUUCAAAAAAUUGUUAUUAUUAUUUUACUAUUUUAAUAUCUUCCCGAAAAAUCCAUAAAAUUGUGUUUUCAUUUACUAAAUUUUGCAAAACAUUUUUGUUUUCAAUUACCUAUUUAUAUAGGCUAUAUCUCAAUACUUUUAAAAUAUAUUCAUAAUAAUGUGUACCUACUUUUGUAUUCAAUUUGCAUACAUUUUAUUCAUCAAAUAUUGCUCUACAAAAGAGUAAUUAGUUUUUUGUACCUGUUAUUUUUUCAAAUUAUUAUUUGUUCCUUUGUUAUACUAUAUGCUUUAAGUUUUAUUUUACUAAAAUAUUAUAUAGUGGUUCCAUAUAAGUUAUACUAUAUGAUUUAUAUAAUUGAUAGUUUCAAACAUCACAC